AUGGCAGUGGUCAAGAAGAAGAAGACAUCAUUAACAUCUAUGUUCUUAGGGUGUUACAAAGCAAAGAACACAAGCAAAUACGAAGGAGAAGAGAAGCCUGUAAUGAAAAUAAGAACUUGUCCUGCCUUCAAGAGGCUUUCUUUAUCGGAUAUAAGCGAUCCAAGCUCGCCCAUGUCGGUCAUGGAUGAUCUCUCUCAUUCUUUCACAUCGCAGAAGCUUCGUUUGUUCACGUUGGCUGAGCUGAGAACCAUUACGCAUCAUUUCUCUAGAAGUAACAUGUUAGGUGAAGGAGGGUUUGGACCGGUUUACAAAGGGUUUAUUGAUGAUAAGAUUAAACCGGGUUUAGAACCUCAACCGGUUGCUGUUAAGGCUCUUGAUCUUCAUGGCCAUCAAGGCCAUAGAGAAUGGCUGGCGGAGAUAAUAUUUUUGGGACAACUAAGUAAUAAACAUCUUGUGAAGUUGAUUGGAUUUUGUUGUGAAGAAGAGCAAAGAGUUCUUGUUUAUGAGUACAUGCCUCGUGGUAGCUUGGAGAAUCAGCUCUUUAGAAGAAAUAGUGUAGCAAUGGCAUGGGGAAUAAGGAUGAAGAUAGCCCUUGGAGCAGCCAAAGGCUUAGCUUUUCUCCAUGAAGCAGAGAAACCUGUCAUCUAUAGAGAUUUCAAAACUUCUAACAUAUUGUUAGACUCAAACUAUAACGCCAAAUUAUCAGACUUUGGUCUAGCCAAAGAUGGACCUGAAGGCGAACAUACGCAUGUAACAACUCGAGUGAUGGGAACACAAGGUUACGCCGCGCCCGAAUAUAUCAUGACUGGUCAUUUGACGACGAUGAAUGAUGUAUACAGUUUUGGAGUAGUUUUGUUAGAACUAAUAACCGGGAGAAGGUCAAUGGACAAUACUCGCGCACGGAGGGAACAAAGCCUUGUGGAAUGGGCGCGGCCUAUAUUAAGAGACCAAAGAAAGCUAGAGCGGAUAAUCGACCCGAGGCUCGAGAGCCAGUACAAAAAAGAAGCCGCACAGGUAACUGCUGGCCUAGCAUACAAGUGUUUAAGCCAACAUCCUAAGUAUAGACCUACAAUGUGUGAGGUGGUUAAGGUCUUAGAGUCUAUCCAAGAAGUUGAGAUUAAGGAGUGUGGUGUUAACAACAAAGAAGCAAAGAAGUUUGUUGAUAUAAAGAAGUGUAGACAUCAUCACCGUAGAGGCCAAAGACGUGUGAAUAUUGCUUAUUCAGAUUCUCUAAUUUACAAGGAAUCAAGGGCAAAGCAAAACAAUGACGUUUGAAAGAUAUAUGAUAUUCUCGUUUACUACAUUGAUACUUCAUAAGUGUACUUCCUAUU